AUGACCGACCCUGAGAGGGCAGCCGGAACCUCCGCCAGCCCCCCCGGAACCUCAGCCGGAGGCCCGCCUGGGGGGGACAGAGGCCCGCCGUGGGGGGGCGGAGGCCUCCCGGGGCGGCCCAGGGCUCUGUGCUCCACCCAGCCCGGAAGGCUGCCAUCGCUCAGAACCAGAGACCUGACGCUGGGGGGGGCCCUAAAGAAGCCCAAGAAAUCCUUCGAGCCGAAUGUCCAUGCUGAGAGGAAAAGUAAAGACGAGUUAAAGGAAGAGAUCCCGGUGGCUCCUAAAAAGGAGAAGAAACAGAGGGAUGAAUGGAAAAGAGAGAACAGAACCAGGAGGAAGGAGAGGCCAAAGGUCAUCCAGUCCCACUCCAUCUUUGAGCAGGCCCCUGCUGACUCAGAGCUCAAAGCAGGUUGGCCUGGAGCCAAAGGACUGUACGGCCUGACCUCCUCUCCCGUCUGCAGACCGGUCAAGGAGGAGCGGAGGGAGUGGAAGAAGGAUGAAGACCUGCUGCUCAGCAAGCUGCAGCGGGACGACUUCCUGGAUGAUCCAGAUCUGAGGAGUGACGCCCGGUUUAAGCCCAUCCAGCUACCUCUGAGCCAGUCCAGUGGUUUCCCCGACACCCAGACCCCGUCGGCCACAACAAGUGGACAGAGCCCCCGCCCGUCCAGGUCCUGUGGGGGCCAGCGGGCUCCAGAGCUGGUGAGGCUGCUGCAGGAGCUCCGGCUGUCCGGGGGGGAGGAGCUCUUCUUCAUCCAGCUUCCGGACUGCAUGCCGGGCCCAGGGUCCGGACCGGGGUCUGGACUCUGGGGGGAGCCUGGGCCCGGAUCUGCAUCGGAGAAACUCGGCAAGAAGAAAGGAAAGUUUUCAGAUAAAAGCAGCACACGGCUCCAGACACCGGAGGCUGUGGUGGAGGGGGCCGGCCUGGGGCUGUCUCAGUUCCCUGAGGGGCGUCUGGGGAAACUUCAGAUCAGGAAGUCCGGAAAGAUGGAGCUGAAGCUGGGGGACAUCGUCAUGGAUGUCUCAGAGGGAGCUGCUUUCUCCUUCCUGCAGCAACUGGUGUCUGUCCACCUGUCAGAUGGCCGGACUGGAAGCAUGAUGGUGCUGGGAAACGUCCAUCACAAGCUGGUUUUAUCGCCAGACUUCCAGGUGUUACUGAGCCAAGCUGCCACGCAGGAGCCCAAGGGCCCGUGA